AUGCUGCGGCGGCUCCCGGAGCGGCCGUGCUCUCUGGCGCUGCUGCUCGCCUGCCAGCUCGCCUUCGUGGCCUAUUUCUCGCUCGGAGGCUUCCGGAACCUGACGGCGCUGCUGGGCCGCGGCUCCGGGCCCGCCGUGGAUUAUUCCAGAACACACGAUGUGUACGCCAACCUCAGCCGGAUCGGUACCGGUGACACCGGGACACCCGACCCCGCCAGGCCACUGCCGUACUGCCCAGAGAGAUCACCGUUCCUGGUGGGUCCCCUGACCGUGUCCUUCGCCCGGGUCCCCACCCUGGAGCAGAUCCGGGCCAAGAACCCGGGGGUGGGGCCGGGGGGCCGGUACCGCCCCCCCCGCUGCGAGGCUCGGUCCAGAACCGCCAUCAUCAUCCCCCACCGGAACCGGGAGAGUCACCUGGGCCACCUCCUGUACCACCUGCACCCCUUCCUGCAGCGCCAGCAGCUGCACUACGGCGUCUACGUGGUGCACCAGGCCGGGAACUCGACGUUUAACCGCGCCAAGCUGCUGAACGUGGGUGUGAAGGAGGCUCUGAAGGACGAGGAGUGGCAGUGCCUGUUCCUGCACGACGUGGAUCUGAUCCCCGAGAACGAUCACAACCUCUACACCUGCGACCCCGCCAGCCCCCGCCACGUCUCCGUCGCCAUGAACAAAUUCGGCUACAGCCUGCCGUACCCGCAGUACUUCGGGGGGGUCUCGGCGCUCACCCCCGAUCAGUACAUGAAGAUCAACGGAUUCCCCAACGAGUACUGGGGCUGGGGGGGCGAGGACGAUGACAUCGCCACCAGGGUGCGGCUGGCAGGGAUGAAGAUCUCGCGCCCGCCCGUCUCCAUCGGCCACUACAAAAUGGUGAAACACAAGAGUGACAAAGGCAACGAGGAGAACCCACACAGGUUUGACCUGCUGGUGCGCACGCAGCGCUCGUGGACGCAGGACGGGAUGAAUUCUCUCCGUUAUUCGCUGCUGGCCAAGGAGCUGCGCCCGCUCUACACAAACCUGACCGUGGACAUCGGCCGGGACCCCCGGGGUGGCCCCCGCGCCCCCCACGGCUCCUCCUCAUCCUCCUCAUCCUCAUCAUCCUCAUCAUCAUCAUCGUCAUCCCGCUUCCGGCAGGAGAUGCUGCGCAAACCCCCCCGGGAGGACCUGGCAUUGUCACCGGCGUUGUCACCGGCGCUGUCACCGGCGCUGUCACCGGCGCUGUCACCGGCGCUGUCACCGCGCGUCACCAACGGCAGCGCCGCGCCCGCCCGAGCCACGGGGGGCAACCAGAGCGUGGCACGGGGACCCCCCUGAGACCCCCCCAACAUCCACUGGGAUUGGGGGCUGGGGGGACCCU